AUGACGGUUGCGCGGCCAGUUAGGGCGUUGAUCGCCGGCGGGUGUAUUCUCUGGUGUUUCUUUCUAUGGCAGAUAUUUGCUCCAUCAUGGUCGUUAAGAGGUCCCGGUGAUCGCUACUCCAAUUUUGAGCGGGAUCCCAUGCUGGAUCCUACCGAUGAACCAGAAGGAGUGUUACAUCGUACGAGUCCGAGAUAUGCCCACGAUGCGAAAAACACGGAGCGCAUCGAUGCGACGCUAUUAGCGCUUGUGCGAAACGAGGAGGUGGAUGCCAUGGUCAUGUCGAUGAGGGAUCUCGAAAGGACGUGGAACUCCAAGUUUAACUACCCCUGGACGUUUUUCAACGAUAAACCUUUCACCGAAGAGUUCAAGAGGAAGACGAGAGCAGCUACGAAGGCGAAAUGUAACUACGAAAUCAUCCCCAAGGAACAUUGGGACAUGCCCUCUUGGAUCGACGAAGAGCUCUUUCAAGAAUCCGCCAAGAUCCUCGAAAAGAACGGCGUCCAAUAUGCAAGCAAGAUAUCAUACCACCAAAUGUGUCGAUGGAACAGCGGUCUCUUCUACAAGCAUCCAGCCCUGAAGGAUAUUCGCUACUACUGGCGUGUCGAGCCUAACGUGCACUUCUUCUGCGAUGUUGACUACGAUGUCUUUCGCUACAUGCACGAUAACAACAAGACAUACGGCUUUACCAUCAACCUAUAUGACGAUCCCAAAACCCUACCUUCGUUGUGGCCCGAGACAGUCAAAUUUCUUGCUGAGCAUCCUCAUGCAAUCCACGAGAACAGCGCCGUAGCUUGGGUCACCGAUGAUAUUCGUCGGCCUUCCACAAAUAGAAAGGCUCAGGGGUAUUCGACGUGCCAUUUCUGGAGUAAUUUUGAGAUUGCGGAUAUGUCAUUUUGGAGGAGUAAAACUUACGAGGACUACUUCAACCACCUCGAUCAUGCAGGCGGAUUCUUCUAUGAGCGAUGGGGUGAUGCUCCAGUCCAUAGUAUUGCCCUCGGUCUGUUUGAAGACCAGAGCAAGAUUCACUGGUUCCGUGAUAUUGGUUAUCAACACAUCCCCUUCUUCAACUGUCCCAACUCACCAAAGUGUAAGGGCUGUGUAACUGGCCGUCUCACUGAUGGUGAGGCCUGGCUGCAUCGAGAAGACUGUCGACCCAACUGGUUCAAGUACGCUGGUAUGGGCUAA